UUCCGCUGACUGACCUCCUUCAGGCACCGUUCCCUAGAUUUAUGUGGUCAAGAAAAAGAAAGUGGAUGCAAAGUAUGGGGCAGAAACUUGUAGAUUUCAAAGAGGGCGUGUUUUCCGCUUCUGUUAUGGGUUAGCUGACAACAUCACCAAAACGAUACGCACAGCUUCAAUUGGGCAGAUGUCCGUGAGUUGUUGUGAUUCUGGAUUGCCAGAUAGCUACCAACAAUGAUAAGAAACUACCAUGUGGGGAAUCGUACGUGAGGCAUUUAAACCGGUUUAAGCUUGUUCUUGAUACCACGUUUUGAUUUGAGGUGUUUUGACUGAUUUAAUGUCUGCUAAUAUGGCUAAAAUUCGCACGCUAGCUAGCCAACAACUAACAAUGUAUUUGAGACAAGUGGUCAUUGUGCAAACGUCUUUUUAUGUUUUCAAUAAACAUUGGAGACGAAAUCUAUAGUUUACAUGUUGUCACAUCUAAGCCAACCCCAUCUGUUUUGCUCCAUAGUUUUGUAGGUUCAGGAGCUGAAGAAAUUCGUAUUGGCCCCUAAGACCCUCACACACUUUUACAGAUGCACAAUUUAGAGUGUCCUGUCCAUAGUAAGGCAACUGCACUGCCCGCAACCGCAGAGCUCUCCAGUGGGUGGCGCGGUCAGCCCAACGCAUCACCGGGGGACACAUACAGCACCCGAUGUCACAGGAAGGCGAAAAAUAUCAUGAAGGACAUCAACCAACCGAGUCACGGCCUGUUCACCCCUCUAUCAUCCAGAAGGCGAGGUUACAUAUUUUCGGAUCCUACCAACUUCCCGCAAUAAGGAGGGUUUCCCCAAGGUUUGAAUACUGAACGUGACACUACUCGAACACUUCAUUCACUUCACCGCUUGCUCUUCAUAAAACUCCUCUGGAUUACUUUGCACUCAUCGGGAUAGCAGUUCACAAUCAAAGAUGUACCGGAACUUUGGGGACAUGGGCCGCGGAAGCAGCUCUACGUACCCCAACAGCGACUCUGGGCCCCCACACACCGCAUCGAGCGCUGUAUCCCAGGACACCAGCACUUCAACCACUCAACAACAUCAGAAGUUCACUGUGGCAGGAGGCAGUCAGUUUGUUCCCAGUCUCAACGACAUCACUUCCAACCAAGACCUCCAGUGGUUGGUCCAGCCCUCCCUCAUCGGUCCAGCUGGCCCCUCGUGGCCUCCACGUCCUCCUUGCCCACCUGUAGCAGGAAUGAGGUCCUUCAACCCCUCACCUUCCCAACCACACCUUUACAGACCAGGGGUCAUAAGGGCUGCGGCAAGUUCCGGAAGCACGACCAGACGCAGGAACGAUGAACAUUUGUCCCCAGAGGAGUUGGCAAGACGCAGAAUAAGGAGGGAGCGGAACAAACAGGCAGCUGCCAAGUGUCGUAACCGCCGACGUGAGCUGACAGACACGCUGCAAAGCGAGACAGACGAGUUGGAAGUUAAAAAGUCCCAUCUGCAGAAGGAGAUUGCUCAACUACAGAAGGACAAAGAAAAGCUAGAGUUGGUCAUAGAGGCCCACCGUCCCAUUUGCAAGAUCCAGGACUCUGACUCGGAUUCUGACCCGAGCUCAGGGCUUCCCUCAUUAGGAAUUAAAAUCGAGCCUGUGGACCUACCACGGUCCUCAGUAAAGAGCCAAUCAAAGAUUAAGAAGCCCAAACCCCAAAUUAUUAUCCCUGCUCGUCCUGUGACAUCCUUUACCGUCCCCAUAGAAUCUGAGUCCCUUCACACCCCAAUUCUUAUUUCUACUCCAUCUCUUACUCCUUUCAUGGCUAGUCUGGUCUUCAGUUAUCCCUCUGGCUCUCUAGACUCCAGUUCCACUAGUUCAUCCCAGGCUCUACCGCCUCUGCCAUCUUCCUCUCAACAGGAUGUGGCCCAGCAGUCUCGAAACCCCCAGCCCUGUAGUAUUGCCCAUCGCCGUAGCAGCAGCAGUGGGGACCAAUCAGAUCACUCCCUAAACUCCCCUACCAUCUUCACACUGUGAUUUAACGGGCUUCCAUGUUGGGAAAGACUGAGUGACAACACUGACGGUUAUGAAGAUGACGACGAUUAUGACAACGACAUGGGUGACCUACAAAAGCUAACACAUUGACACUCACAAGGCAUUAUGGUGACGCAAACGACUCAUAUUUAAAGGAUUGUAUUGUUACACCAUUUUUUUGUUUUCCCUGAUGCAUUUAACUUCUGACUAACUACGGUAUAUGUGUUAUGCUCAAAACCCAAGAGGUAGAAUUGUGCAAAUGUUUAAACAAAAAUGCAUCAACUUUGUGCACUUUGUCAAUAAUGGUGAUAUUUUUGCAUUUGAAAUGUAGCAACCACAUCAAUUUACUGAAGCCUUACAUGUUCUGUAUGAACACUAGCCUUUAUUACCUGUUACAACAUGCUAAUAAAC